AUGGCUUCUGCAAAUUAACAAUUUUCUUUUUUCCAAGAAUAUGCCCUUAAGAAAAUACAGUUUGUGGUGGACAAUAUUAGAUACGAGUUUGAUAACCAUAAAAUGUUAUGGUCAACUGAUGUUAUUGAGGAAGAUGAUAAUCCAGAUGAUGAGGUGAAUAAGGAACAACUGAAAAAGAGAGGAUUAAAAUAAAUAGAGUUGAGAGAAUAAGUAAGAUAGAAUGAACACACCAUUUCUAAAUUAGCAUCAGAGAUUCAGUUGCUGAAUGAUAAUAUAAAUAAAUAUUAAGAAAAAUUAUAACAAAGUCAAGCAGAAUAGAAUCAAUUAAUAGAUGAGUACAUUCAUGAGCAUUUAGAAACUGAGAAGAUUAAGGGUGCCAGAGAGAGAUUGGAUAAACUCAAACGUGAGUUGGGACUAUGA